AUGGCGGCCAUGCGUACACGAUUGCGCUUGACGGCCCGCGUGGCUCAGCCGCUGCCGCAGGGGGUUAAGCUCCUCGCAUUUGCCGGUGCCGAGCCGAAUGCGCUCAUUGUGUGUGGCUACAGCCGUGAGAAGCUUUCUGCCGAGAUACCAGCCGGUGUCUUUUACCUUGAGGAUGCGGGCUAUGCCGUCUCGUGGAGUCCCGCCACAGCGGAUGGUGCAGCUCUAGCGGACAGCCUUGUCAAAGUUGAAUCCAUCACACUGCAUGAUCAACCCUGCUCUUUGGAUACCGGAGCGUCUGCGGACGAGCCAACGACCCCCGAGCUGCUGUUGCGUGUGCAACUCUCGGCUACCCUGCCCAAGGCCAUGGCGCUCCCAGCCUUGGAAAGCGCCUUGGCCAGUGACACAAGCAGCAACACCAAGGGUGGCAAAGGGAACAAGGGGAAUAAGGGCGGCAAAGCCGGCAAAGGGAACAAGACAGCCACACCCACAGCACGGCAUGCUGCUCCAGUCGUCCCCGAGCUGUCUCGAGACCAAUGCUUGGAUCUGCGCGUUUUGACUUCGUGCGCGCCAGACUUGCCGUCGGAAACCGGAAUCCUGACGGGCGCCCCCGAGGCGGCCACACUGUACCAGGUCCAUUUGGAUGUACUGGUCUACAGCUAUCGCAGCCAGCCGUUGCGCUUGCUUCUGGCCGGUCUUCAAGCCCGUCUGUUGCAACAGCUGCGUCAAGCCCUUGCGCAGGGUGGGGCUUUUCACCACUUUUUGCCGCGACACUGUCAGCAUCACGUGGCGGCGCUCACAGUUGGCGGCGAGAAGGCUGAGACUAGCUCUGAAAACGACCGUCUGCGCAAUAUCCACCGUCACGUGCACGCGACCCCCUUGCCGGAUGGCGAACGCUUUCUGGUCGACGGCGAUUACGACUACUAUCACUACAUGCAAGACCGCUUUGAUGACAACGGUUGGGGCUGUGCCUACCGCUCGUGCCAGACCAUUUGUAGCUGGUUCUUGCUUCAGGGCUAUAGUCAACAGUCGGUGCCCACCCAUGCUCAGAUCCAGCAGACGCUUGUGAAUGUGGGAGACAAGCGGAAGAGCUUUGUUGGGUCGCGGCAAUGGAUCGGCUCGCAAGAAAUUUUCUUUGUUUUGGGCGAGUGGUUCAAGGCCGAAUUUGAGUUGGAGAGUCGCUUCAUCGCUCAAGUGCUUGGCGCUGACUUGAGCACCAAAGCACGUGAGCUUGCUCAUCAUUUUCGCACUGUCGGCACACCCGUGAUGAUUGGCGGCAACAUGCUGGCUCACACCAUUUUGGGGAUCGAUUGGGAUUCUGCGCUGGGCGAUGUGCGCUGGCUGGUUUUGGAUCCGCACUAUACGGGCACGGAUGACAUCAAGACCAUUGUGAAACUGUUCAAGGUGUGGCCUGAUUGCGCCAUCGACAUCAAAACGAAGAUCCGAAAGCUGACGAAGAUGCCGAAGAUGACGAAGAAGAUGCAGAACAAGUUGAAGAACAAGCCGAAGAAAACACGGGUCACGGCAGGAAGAUGCAGCACAAGUCAACGAUGA